AUUUAAGCAUAUCUCUUGUGUCACAAACUUGAGAAGGAAAAAAAAAACAGAGCACAUAAAAGAGAGCCCAAUUUUUUCUAAAGGAUGGAACGAUCAUCUUCCCCUUUACCUCCUCAUGUUAUGCUUGUAUCUUUCCCAGGACAAGGCCACGUUAACCCACUUCUUCGUCUGGGCAAGCUCUUAGCCUCAAAGGGUUUACUCGUCACUUUUGUCACAACAGAAUCAUGGGGCAAAAAGAUGCGAACCGCCAACAAAAUUCAAGACCGAGCCCUCAAACCUAUAGGUAAAGGUUAUCUCCGGUUCGAUUUCUUCGACGACGGGCUCCCUGAAGACGACGACGCUAGCAGAACCAACUUAACCGUCCUCCGACCACAACUCGAGCUUGUCGGACAACAAGAGAUCAAAAACCUAGUAAAACGUUACAAGGAAGUGAUGAAACAGCCCGUGACGUGUCUCAUCAACAACCCUUUCGUUUCUUGGGUCUGUGACGUAGCGGAAGAUCUUCAAAUCCCCUGUGCUGUUCUCUGGGUCCAGUCUUGCGCUUGCUUAGCUUCUUACUAUUAUUACCACCACAAGCUUGUUGACUUCCCGACCGAAACAGAUCCCAAGAUCGAAGUUCGAAUCCCAUGCAUGCCUCUCUUAAAACACGACGAGAUCCCAUCUUUCGUCCAUCCUUUUUCACCUUAUUCUGGUUUAAGAGAAGUGAUCAUAGAUCAGAUCAAACGUCUUCACAAGCCUUUCGCUGUUCUCAUCGAUACUUUCUACUCCUUGGAGAAAGAUAUCAUCGACCACAUGACAAACCUCUCUCUCCCUGGCGUCGUCAGACCGCUCGGACCGCUUUACAAAAUGGCGAAAACGCUAAUUUGUGAUGACAUCAAAGGAGAUAUGUCUGAGACAAGGGAUGACUGCAUGGAGUGGUUGGACUCACAGCCUGUUUCCUCCGUUGUUUACAUCUCUUUCGGCACCGUGGCUUACGUGAAACAAGAACAGAUCAACGAGAUUGCGUUCGGCGUUUUAAACGCUGGCGUUUCGUUCUUGUGGGUGAUUAGACAACAAGAGUUAGGUAUAAACAGAGAGAGGCAUGUUCUGCCUGAAGAACUCAAAGGGAAAGGUAAAGUCGUUGAGUGGUGUUCGCAAGAGAAAGUCUUGGCUCAUCCUUCUGUGGUUUGUUUCGUGACUCAUUGUGGAUGGAACUCGACUAUGGAGGCUUUGUCUAGUGGAGUCCCAACGGUCUGUUUUCCUCAGUGGGGAGAUCAAGUCACCGACGCUGUUUACAUGAUCGACGUCUUGAAGACGGGAGUGAGGCUUAGCCGUGGAGAGACGGAGGAGAGGGUGGUGCCUAGAGAGGAAGUAGCGGAGAGGCUGAGAGAAGUUACUAAAGGAGAGAAAGCGACAGAGCUGAAGAAGAAUGCUUUGAAAUGGAAGGAGGAGGCGGAAACGGCUGUGGCUCGGGGUGGCUCGUCUGAUCGGAAUCUUGAUGAGUUUGUGGAGAAGUUGGGCGUGAAACCUGUGGCUAAACAGAACGGAAGUCUUAAUCAAAACGGACGUGUUCAAGAACUUUUAAUGCAAAAGUCAUAAAUGUGUUUUGGAUUAUCUGUUGUUUGUUUUCUGCAAAUCCUUAAUUGUGUUUGUUUGUUUGCAUGCUCCGCUUCGGUUCUUUAUUUUCCUUUUUUUUUGUAUGGGUCUGGGGAGACUAGUUAUCCUUCUUGAAUAAAUGUUAGAUCACGACGUGUGUUUUUAUGA